GGGCAUCGGGGUCGAGACGGUGACGUACAUCGGCGACGACUUUUGGGCGGUGCAGACGUUGUGAGGAAGCCUGCGGCCUGGGGAAGGGGGGAUGACGAAUGUACUCACAAUUGUAUGCCAGAUAACCUGCGCGGUGUGCGCUGAAUGAAGUUCGUGAUAGCUUAUCAUUCGCCCCGUGGGGAUGGGCGUGGCCCUCGUGCUGGCUGCGUACCGAUCACUGUGCUCGUCAUAAUUGAACGACGGCCGGUGACGCCAAUGCGUGUGCCUUGUAUACGGUCCACCCAAAGCUCCGUAUGUCACGCGGGGGGCGCGUGUAGAUCGGUAUUAGUGCUAGUUCUCGAUCCUCAUAUGAAAAGCACGCUUGGUCCGUCGUGCGUCUCCUGGGAGAGUACCCGCUGCCGAUUACGCCGCCUGAGAGGCACAGUAACCUUGUACGUGCAUAGUCGGCUGUCAAUCAAGACAAUUAUACCGCCUAUAGAUGGCAGCUGCCACCACGUGUGGCGUCGUAGAGGCCAAGACAACCGGAUAUGGGAGGCUCUGAUCUCAUUCAGUGCUCGUCCACGGUCCACACAUUGCAACAAGAAGACGACCACACGGAACCGAGCACAGGACCCGACCGGCCUUUCCAGGUUUGUCAGGGCUGUGAACAAUGGCUCGACUUGCCCACCGUCCAGACCAUCGAUAUCAGGCGGUGUGUGUCUUCCUCUGCGAUUUCUGCGGCUCGACCGCGGGGGAACCCCAGAACGUCGUCCGCUGCGAACCAAUCCGGAGGCGCGACAGAAGCCUGUACUGCUUGGACUUGGCUCGGACGGUAAGUUAUCGCAGAUGUCUCAUGUCCUCCCACCUGGCGGGCGAGAGCAAAUGAACGACCCAAGUACGCUAGCUGUCGGACUCCGCCUGGUGUGAAUCCGAGCUGCAUCGGCGCCCCCCACGGAUGGGACAUCAAAGACAGCGUCCGAGGCCCUCAGCACGGCUGACUGGACGAUCCUCGGUCGCUUUGUGGGGUUAGGACAGGAGUGCGCAGACGAGAAGCUCGACUGCUCUGGAUGCUGCGCUAUCUCGUUCGAGUUCAAUGUCCGCCUCGUCUUGAUUCGGCGGAGGCGUUGCAGGGUGC